AGAAUGGGAGAAGAGAAGGUGAAAGAAGAAGCCAUGCGGCUUAUUGGGAUCUUCCAACUUCUUCCCCGUUUGGUCGUUUUCGAUCUUGAUUACACUCUCUGGCCUUUCUACUGUGAGUGUCGCUCCAAACGUGAAAUGCCAUCUUUGUACCCCCAUGCUAAAGGCAUAUUAUCUGCACUCAAGGACAAGGGGAUUAAGUUAGCCAUUGCUUCUAGAUCUCCAACCCCCGAUAUAGCAAAUUCGUUUCUUACCAAAUUGAGCAUCAAUUCUAUGUUUGUUACGAAGGAAAUUUUUUCCAGCUGGAAGAACAAGACAGAUCAUUUCCAGAAAAUUCACUCAAAGACUGGGAUCCCCUUCAACUCAAUGCUCUUUUUCGAUGAUGAGGAUAGGAACAUACAAGCUGUUUCAAAGAUGGGAGUGACGAGCAUAUGUGUUGAUAAUGGGGUUAGUCUGGGAGCAUUGAGACGAGGGCUGACAAAAUUUGCUGAAAAUCAAAAUGCAUCAGAGAAGAAAAAGCGAAAAUAAGGUACAAAAAACUACUCUCAAAACCAGAACUUCGUCUGAGAAGAACUGAAAAUGAGUUUUCUUCCAUGCUAUUCCUUGGUUUUAGAAAUUCAACAAGGUUAUAUGGCAUUUG